GUGCGCGGUGGCGGCGGCGGCGGUGCGGACAGCUGGCGCCGCGCGAUCCUGCUCCGCCGGGCGCACGGACGCACCGGCGAGCCGACGCUGGAAGCACGGGGCGCGGGCGUCCGGCCGGCGGACAAGGAGCCGGAGCAAGAGCCGCGGGCAGCGAGUGGGCGCCAGCGGCCGCCAGACUGCCUAGCGGCGCCCUCCUCCCGCCGGUGCCAGAGCGGGGCCAUGGGGGGCAGCAUGCCCGCGCGCGCCGCCUGAGGACGUCGUAGCCCCCGCCCCCACUAUGGGCGCCCUGGCUCGCGCCCUCGCGUUCUGCGUGGCCGUGGCGGUCGUGACCGGCGCCGCCUCGGGGCCCCCCGGCAUGGAGCAGCGCGUCGUGCGGAGAGCGGCAGAGGCCCCGGGACCUGAGCCCGGCCCGCAGGAGCAGCUGGUCUUUGGCAGCGGGGACACCGUGGAGCUGAGCUGCCACUUGCCUGCAGGUGGCCCCACAGGGCCCAGCGUUUGGGUCAAGGACGGUGUGGGGCUGGCGCCCUCAGACCGCAUCCUGGUGGGGCCUCAGCGGCUGCAGGUGCUGAACGCCUCCCACGAGGACGCGGGGGCCUACAGCUGCCGGCAGCGGCUUACCCAGCGCGUGCUAUGCGACUUCAGCGUGCGCGUGACAGAUGCCCCGUCCUCCGGGGAUGACGAAGACGGAGAGGAUGAGGCUGAGGACACAGCCGGGGCCCCUUACUGGACGCGGCCCGAGCGGAUGGACAAGAAGCUGCUGGCUGUGCCGGCCGCCAACACCGUCCGCUUCCGCUGCCCGGCCGCCGGCAACCCCACUCCGUCCAUCUCCUGGCUGAAGAACGGCAAGGAGUUCCGGGGGGAGCACCGCAUCGGGGGCAUCAAGCUGCGACACCAGCAGUACCUGGUCAUGGAGAGCGUGGUCCCGUCGGACCGCGGCAACUACACGUGCGUUGUCGAGAACAAGUUCGGCAGCAUCCAACAGACCUACACCCUGGACGUGCUGGAGCGCUCUCCGCACCGGCCAUCCUGCAGGCGGGGGCUGCCGGCCAACCAGACGGCGGUGCUGGGCAGCGACGUUGAGUUCCACUGCAAGGUGUACAGCGACGCCCAGCCCCACAUCCAGUGGCUGAAGCACGUGGAAGUGAACGGCAGCAAAGUGGGGCCCGACGGCACCCCCUACGUCACCGUGCUCAAGUCCUGGAUCAGUGAGGGUGUGGAGGCCGACGCGCGCCUCCGCCUGGCCAAUGUGUCCGAGCGUGACGGGGGCGAGUACCUCUGUCGAGCCUCCAAUUUCAUAGGCGUGGCUGAGAAGGCCUUUUGGCUGCGUGUCCACGGGCCCCAAGCAGCCGAGGAGGAGCUGCUGGAGGCCGGCGCGGCGGGCAGCGUGUAUGCGGGCGUCCUCAGCUACGGGGCGGGCUUCCUCCUCUUCAUCCUGGUGGUGGCCGCCGUGACACUGUGCCGUCUGCACAGUCCCCCGAAGAAGGGCCUGGGCUCGCCCACCGUGCACAAGGUCUCCCGCUUUCCACUCAAGCGACAGGUGUCCUUGGAGUCCAACUCGUCCAUGAACUCCAACACGCCGCUGGUGCGAAUCGCCCGGCUGUCUUCCGGGGAGGGUCCUGCGCUGGCCAACGUCUCCGAGCUCGAGCUGCCCGCCGACCCCAAGUGGGAGCUGUCCAGGGCCCGGCUGACCCUGGGCAAGCCUCUCGGGGAGGGCUGCUUUGGCCAAGUGGUCAUGGCAGAGGCCAUCGGCAUUGACAAGGACCGGGCCGCCAAGCCUGUCACUGUGGCCGUGAAGAUGCUGAAAGACGACGCCACAGACAAGGACCUGUCGGAUCUGGUGUCGGAGAUGGAGAUGAUGAAAAUGAUCGGCAGACACAAGAACAUCAUCAACCUGCUGGGGGCCUGCACGCAGGGCGGGCCCCUGUACGUGCUGGUGGAGUACGCAGCCAAGGGGAACCUGCGCGAGUACCUGCGGGCGCGGAGGCCGCCAGGCAUGGACUACUCCUUCGACACGUGCAAGCUGCCCGAGGAGCAACUCACCUGCAAGGACCUGGUGUCUUGUGCCUACCAGGUGGCGCGGGGCAUGGAGUACCUGGCCUCGCAGAAGUGCAUCCACAGGGACCUGGCGGCCCGCAACGUGCUGGUGACCGAGGACAACGUGAUGAAGAUUGCGGACUUUGGUCUGGCCCGCGACGUGCACAACCUUGACUACUACAAAAAGACCACCAAUGGCCGGCUGCCCGUGAAGUGGAUGGCACCCGAGGCCUUGUUUGACCGAGUCUACACCCACCAGAGUGACGUCUGGUCCUUCGGGGUCCUGCUCUGGGAGAUCUUCACUCUGGGGGGCUCGCCGUACCCCGGCAUCCCCGUGGAGGAGCUCUUCAAGCUGCUGAAAGAGGGCCACCGCAUGGACAAGCCGGCCAACUGCACACACGACCUGUACACGAUCAUGCGGGAGUGCUGGCACGCGGUGCCCUCACAGAGGCCCACCUUCAAGCAGCUGGUGGAGGACCUGGACCGCAUCCUCACCGUCACGUCCACCGAUGAAUACCUAGACCUGUCGGUGCCCUUCGAGCAGUACUCGCCGGGCGGCCAGGACACCCCCAGCUCCAGCUCUUCGGGGGACGACUCUGUGUUUGCCCACGACCUGCUGCCUCCGGCCCCUCCUGGCGGCGGGGGCCCUCGGACGUGAAGGGCCGCCGGCCUGCAGGCCGAGCCCCCACCAAUGUGAGAGCAGACCCCAGCUCACCGUGCCGCCGUCGACCGCAGGGGCCCCGUGGCCUGGGCCUCAGACCUGGGCCAGAUGGACGGAUGGACAGACAGCUUCGUGUGUGUGCGCGUGUGUGAGCGUGUGAGUCUUGAGGCCCCUGGCGCCCCGGUGCAGGGUCCCUGGGGUGCCCGCCCUGCUGUAUGAUGACCUCCUGGCUACGUGUGCUGGCAGCACCAGGGGGACCGAAUGUAGAAUGUAAAGGGGCUCCUCCCUGGGGCCCCUCCCCCAGGCUCUCCCCACGCAUGGCUGCCCCGCCGGGAGCACUGGCGGGGGGGGGGGUGGGGGGGGUGGGGGGGGGGGUGGGGGGGGGGUGGGGGGGGUGGGGGGGGGUGGUGUCCGGCCAAGCUCUGGCAUCCAGCGUGGACCGAGGCCCCUCCACUUGCCCAAGCUGAGCCUGCAGGGAAGCCUCCCCCCGCCCCCGCCCCCCCCAUGAUACACCUCCCACCCAAGCGGCACCUUGGGCCUGGGGGGGAGUGCUAGCCCGCAGCCUCCCCCCACCUCCAGGCCUCCCCACUUCCCACCCUGCUCCUUGGGAGACUGAAUUACGGGUACCUGAAGGCAGGAGGCUUUAACUUCUGUCCGAGAGGUUCGUUCCAGAAAUGAGUGUACAUUUAUAUAAAUAGAUGCUGUGUACAGGAUCUACACAUACGUAUAUAUAGAGAUAUCUAUACGGAGGGAGGAGCCGGUCUAAACGGGCACAGGACCCUGAGGGUGCAGGAGGGAGGCGCAGCCGCCGGCCCGGGAGGUUCCCGAGGGAUCUGCUGAGAUCAACGCGAAAACCAGCAGGCGAUCGAGAGGCUUUUCUGGCAACGCAGUUUUGUUUUAAAAUUGUAUAUUUGUAAAGCUAUUUAUCGACCCCCAGAACCCCCGGCCCUGUGCCCCUCUCCCCCCCCGUGCUCAUAGUGUUCAGCCAGCCGCGUGGCAGAGAGGUCUCAGUUUUAACUUAUUAACAGCCGAGAAGGUUCCUGCUUCAUGUAGAGGGCCCGCUAAGGGCUUCACCCCAAAGCCCAGCCAGGUCCCUUGCACCCUUAAGGGUCGUUAAUAGUUUGAGGUGAUUCUAGUGAGGAUAUUUUAUUUCCUUUGGCCUUCUUUCACAGGGGAAUUAGGUUUCUAUAGGGUUUUUCUUUAGGAGAUGUAUUUUUUGGACUUCAAAGCAAGCUGGUAUUCUCAUGCAAGUUCUAAUUGCCAUGUGUUCUGAGUGAGGAGGCAGUUUCCAGGGGGGGGGGCAACCCUGCACGCAGGUUCAGAUGUUAUUAGAUGUUACAAGUUUAUAUAUAUCUAUAUAUAUAAUUUAUUGAGUUUUUACAAGAUGUAUUUGCUGUAGAUUUAACACUUCUUACGCAAUGCUUUUAGACUUUUAUAGCCCAGACUGCUACCUUUCAAAGCUUGGGAGAGAAAGCCGUCAAUUCAGUUUUGUUACUUUUUGUACUGUUAAUGGCCCGCAUUUGGGUGGCUGUCUUGCUCAUCGGCCCGCCAGCCGGGCAGCGGUCCAGGGUGGUCUCUGUUCUCAGGUCCCCAGCCUCAUGGGGGUCAAAGGUGUCGGCCCAAACUGGCAGAUGCGCUUUCCAAAAAAUAAACAGAGACAACUGGUUCACA